GGAAGUCUCAGAUUGAUAAAACCCGAACCAGAAGAGGAAAGCGGUUCUUCCAGUGUCAAUGAAAGUGAUAGCGAAGACUCUGCAGACAAGGAUUCUUCUUCAAACAGUCCUCUGAAGCCCAAAGCACCUAUAAAAACUGCUGCACCAUCGAGGCAGCUACGAAGCAGAUUUGGAUUUACCGGCAGGAAAUACAAUGCUCGUCCAGUGAGGAGCAGCCACAAGAGGAUAUCUUUGGACGAGAGAAGAGGUCUUGCAGUCUAUAGCAGAAAAAUGGAAAUGCACGACGAUCUGGACGAAUACGAACAAGCAAAUGAGUCUGAAGAGGAGUUGUACACUGUCAGGGGAAGAAGGAGCAGACAUCUGAUAAGGAUGAACAGAAUUCAAAGACGUACAGCUUUAUCUUUGAGGCCCAUCAGCCAAAAGUCUUAUGCCGAUCCCCAUUCCCCGCUGCAUUUUAAUUCGGACAGUGAUGGAGGGGUGAGAAGAAGUAAAAGAAAGAGGCCUGUGAAUAUGUCCUGGCUGGCCGACAGCCAGAUGCACAAAGUGGGGUACCCCAACCUCCAUGCUGGCUACUCUGAAGAAGAUAGUAGAGACGCCGUUGAUGCUCAUAACACUAUGGAAAUAACGCGCAGGAUAACCCGCAGAAAGAAUGACAUUUCGCUACACCACCAGGUCUUCGAAUUCGAAGCUGAAGACGUCACUACUAGACGUCGCAGACGCAGAAAUCUAGAUAUAGAGCCCAUCAGGGAGUCCAACGAUAAGGAGAACAAGAAAGAUAGCGGCCUGGUGAACGGAAGAUCGAGUGGCAGGUUGAGGAAUCUGGUGAAGAUGGAAAAUUACAUGGAAGAUAAACGUAGCGACAACGACCACGAAGAUAGAGGAGAAAUGGACGAGAGUAAGGAUCAGGACGAUCAUGAAAAACCGAAAGUCAACGGAAAUGUGGAUGAAUCCCCGAAAAAACCCAACGACAGCAAACUGCCUCAGUCUUCCAACAGCGACGAACAAGACUGUAUUCCGUUGACCAGAUUGAGAACAAACCCCGCCAGAACUAGGACUGACAGUUUACCGAACGAUAUGCUACGCAACUCUACGUUUCCUGUUACCAGAAACAGGACUGACAACUUAUCCGCCAACCUGUUGCGUAAUGCAAGUUACCCCACAAGAACGAUAAAGCCAGUAAGGGCUGAGAAAGUAUUAGAUUCUAGUUCCGAGACUGAAGAGGAGAGGAGGAAGUACUCUUUGAGGGAUCGUAGACCCAAACCUGCUCCAAAGACUAUUCUGAGAACCAGAGACAUCAGAACCAGAAGACACUUCCAACGCCGCAGGCAAGACUCGUCGAGUUCUGACGAAUCUUCUUCUUCGGACGUACGUCGAGGGAAACCUCCAAAGAGUCCCCACUCCAAAAACGAGAAAAUGAAAUCCGGGGCCGGAGGUAGCACCAAAAUCGUUCCGAUCAAACCGGAAACUCUGGACGCCAGCGUCAGGUUCAACAGCAUCGGCGGUUUGGAUAGUCACAUCCAGUGUUUGAAGGAGAUGAUACUGCUUCCGAUGAUGUAUCCAGAAGUGUUCAGGCAGUUCCAGAUACAGCCGCCAAGGGGAGUGCUUUUCCAUGGCCCGCCAGAAACCUUCCAUUAUAUUCUUCGACGAGCUCGAUGGCCUAGCUCCUGUGAGGUCGUCCAGGCAAGACCAAGUACAUGCUAGCAUCGUGUCGACUCUAUUGGCCCUCAUGGAUGGACUGGCAGAUAGAGGAGAGGUCAUCGUGAUAGGGGCUACGAAUCGAAUAGACACAAUCGAUCCAGCAUUGCGGAGGCCAGGCAGAUUCGACAGGGAACUGUUCUUCCCUCUACCUUCUAGAAGUGAACGUGGAGAAAUCCUGAACGUCCAUACCUCCGCUUGGUCUAACCCCCCGAACAGGCAAAUGCUGGAUUAUCUGUCGGAGAAUACUGUGGGUUACUGCGGUUCGGAUCUUAGGGCACUGUGUUCUGAGGCGGUUAUACAGAGUUUCAGAAGGACAUAUCCGCAGGUGUACAGUUCCGAACAUAGAUUGCUACUGAAUCCUGAGAACGUAAAGGUAGAGAAAGUGGACUUCAUGAGGGCGAAGUCGUUACUGGUGCCUGCUUCACACAGAGUUACCCAGGGUUUGGGAAGGAAACUCUUGCCAAUAUUAGAACCAGUUCUACAGGACCCCAUGAAGAAGUCCUUGAGUCUUCUGGAACAGACAUUCCCACACGGUUUAAGCGCUACCUUAUCAAAGGUGAAAUUGUCCCCCAAUUUGCGACCCGCUCAACUGCUAAUUACUGGUGACGGUCCAGAGCAUGGGCAGACUUCACAUCUGGCACCUGCCAUCCUUUUCAAAAUGGAACACAUCCAUGCUUAUCUCCUGGACCUUGCUGCCCUCUACCAGGAAUCUGGUAGAUCUGCUGAAGAAGUUUGCAUAUUAGUACACUCUAAUAAAAAUAAUAAUAGUGAUAACCUUCAUUUCACAGAAAAACUUUACGUGUUACAAGACACACAGGCUGAUUCACGGUUUUUCAUGUUCACGAAACCCGUGGACACGAAAGAAGUACCUGAUUACACCACCAUAAUAAAACAGCCGAUGGAUUUGGAAACGAUGAUGACCAAAGUGGAUUUAUACCAGUACGAGUGCGCCAAAGACUUCUUGAACGACAUCGAACUCAUCUGCCAGAACGCUUUGGAGUACAACCCCGCCAGAUCGUCCGCUGACAAACAGAUAAGGCAUCGGGCUUGCUCUCUGCGGGACUACGCUUACACUUUGAUAAAAACCGAAAUGGAUACCGACUUCGAGGACAAGUGCCAGACAAUUUCGUGCAACAGGAAGAAACGGAAACACUGCCCGACGAAAUACCUGCCACCUUACAUAUACACUCCAGAAGGUCAAGUUGACCACGAGUCUAUGCUUGAUACUACUUUGGACGAACAGCAGGAUAAGCUGAACGAGAAGUCAGCGGAAAAGUUUGACUCGAGGACUCCUAGGAAAAGGAAGAGGAGUUGGCAAAAAGGGCAACUGUUAGUGAAGAAAAAGAAGAAGAAAUCUUUGGAUAAUUGUCAAGGCCAGGUGGACGAAAAAGUUUCAUCUAGCGAAUCCAAAGAAAAUGACGCCAAACCGACACCCACUCAACCUGUCACUGCCGAUGAGGUGUCUUCCGUAAUAGUGAAAGAGGAACAUGCGGAAACCGUUACCGAAGUGACGACCCCGCUUACCAUUAACUGUGAUAUUCAGACUAGUAGAGUGGAACCUUCGAAUUUCUUACAGUCUCCAAGAAGAAGGCUCAGUGAUCUUCUCAGUCCAUCGGAGUUGUUGGAUAAUCCACUGGAUUUUGAUGAUGUGGAUGAAGCUCUAAAUGAAGCAGAAAACUCCAAAACUAAAAAUAAUAUUGAGUGCUCCCAAACGGAACUGGAAAAGGCAUUGGAGACGGCUGUCAAAAUGACAGAUGGAUAUUCUCUAGUAUCGCUUCUCGACCUCUACAACCACCUUAGCAGGAUAGUAAAGAAAUAUUCCAGGACACACAUAAGGACGCAGUUGCCAAAGGAACUGUCAAAGGAAUUGUCAAGGUGCAAAAAAGAAGGAGCUCCUGAGUACAAGUCCCAUUCACCUCUGGGAAAAUCACCCUGACCGGGCCGUUUUAAAUAGAAAUAUUUUUUAUUUUUAAGUAUUUAUUUCGGUAUUUUUAAUUUUUUAGGUUAUUCAUAAACGAGGCGGUGUACUGUCUUAACUUGAUUUUUUAUUUGCCAAGUGUUGGACGGAUUGAACGCACGGGUUUGUAUGGUAGUGUAAAUGACGAACGAAACGGGUCCAGGGGCGUAACCUUGAGGAAGUCCAAAAAUUAUAUUCACUUCUGAUAUCACAUUUUCUCAGAAACGAACUCUCUUUCUUUAUGUACCUUUGAAACCGUCCAACAUAGAGUAGCGUCACUUUUAGUUUUGAUUUUAAAGAGUCGUAUAUUCUGAAGAACAUACUACCAAAGAUUUUAGGUUUGUAAGUAUCACAUUCACUGCCAUAAGAAAUGUUAUUUUUUGGGUUUUCAUUUUUUCAAGGAAUCUGUAAAUACGUGCCUUCCCCAUUAAUACAAGUUGUUGAAUCCUGUGUAUGAUUUGAGUAUAUAUGUGUGAAGUAUCAGGUGUGAACUUUUUGAAAUUUUCCAUUGUUCGAUAAUUAUUAAAGGUUUAUGAUUUAUAUGAU